AUUCUCAUCUUCUUCCUUGAGAAACUAUUAACCUAUAGGGAUUUAAGGUUUUUAUCUUGGGAUUUAUGGUUCUGAAAUUGGAGAGAGUGGAUUUAGGGUUUUGGCAAUCGAUUCUGCAUUGCCAUUGUUGAAGUCUUGAAGAUCGAUUACUCCCUUCUCUGAAAUCGCGUUUGGGUUCCAGAUUUCCGCUUCUCUGUUCUGUGAUUGGGUUGAAGUCUUGAAGAUCGAUUACUCCCUGUUGAAGGUGGAUCAACGCAUGGUUUUAUUGCAGGAGAUGGUGAUAGAAUGCCGUUGCUUCUGCCAAUUUUAUAAUCAGUUUCUAUUAUGAAUCGAACUGUUGUGACUGCACAAACUCAGGCUUACCCAGUCAAGAAGCUCUCUUUGUUGCGUUCUUGCAAAAGAGAGAGCGGCUUCUUUGGAUUUGGUUUCUUCCCCUGUGAAAGGAGCGUCUUGGGCUAAAGUUCGUAGUUGGAGCCAGGCUUUCUAACUUCUCUUAUUCUCGAUUUGGCUUGGAUACCCAGAAAUGUAAUUAUCAGAAAAUCAGAGGAUCAUUGGUGCAAUUUAACGAACUUAUUGGCCAGUGAAAUCCUCCGCGCGAUGCGUGCCAUAGUUCGGUACCGAGGGACUCGCGUUAGGGAAAUUGGAGGCAGAGAAGCGGAAAGAAAUGGAAGCAGCAGAAGAGGUAGAAAGAGGAAAUGGAGGUGGCGUGAUACAGACAUGGUUGAAUCGACACAAUCUUCUUUACACUAAGGCCACCAAACAUCCUUUCAUCCUCAGUAUCAGAGACGGAACAAUCAAUCUCUCCUCCUUCAAGCGAUGGCUGGGACAGGAUUACAUAUUUGUCAGGGAGUUCAUCCCUUUUGUAGCUAGUGUUCUUCUGAAGGCUUGGAGGGAGUCAGAAGAUGGCUUGGACAUUGAAGUAAUACUAGGUGGCAUGGCUUCUCUGAAUGAUGAGAUUUCAUGGUUCAAGAAGGAAGGUUCAAAGUGGGAUGUUCUGGUAUCUGAAAUUUCCCCACAAAAAGCAAACCAAGAUUACUGCAGAUUUUUAGAACGCUUGAUGGGCCCAGAUGUUGGAUAUACGGUGGCUAUCACAGCAUUUUGGACCAUUGAAGCUGUUUACCAAGAGAGUUUCUCUCUCUGCUUGCAAGAUGGCAACAACACUCCUGCAGAGCUCAUGGAGACUUGCCAGAGAUGGGGAAACAAUGGUUUUGGGCAAUAUUGCCAAUCUCUUCAGGGAAUUGUUAGUAGGUGUCUUGAGAAGGCAUCAGAGGAUGUUCUGAGAAAAUCUGAGGAAGCUUUUAUAUGUGUUCUUGACCAUGAAGUUGGAUUCUGGGACAUGAGUUGUGGUGAAUUAUGAUGGGUAGCUAGCUGUCUAUGUUAAUUGUCAUUUGUAUGUUCUGAGACAUCAAAAAUAUGAUUUAUGGAUAGAAAUUUUAUUGUUCUAGGAGAUAUUUUAGAUAGAAAAAUAGUUUGUGUAUGUAGUCUUUUAUUUUUAUUUCUUCCCAAAUGAAAGUUUUUGUAUGGAGUUGUAUUAAACUGAAAAGAGUCAAAUAAAGAAAAAUGAAAUUUAGUGUUUGUAUUCA